AUGAAUGUACUUAAUCUACCAGAUGAAAUAUUAAUUGCCAUUUUCAAUAAACUCGAUAGUGUUGAUAUACUCUAUUCAUUGGUAAAUGUUAAUCAACGAUUUUAUCGAUUAGCACUCGAUGCUUUCGUUAUUGGCCAUCUUGAUUUUGUGAUAAAACGAAAUGAUAUUCAAAAUUCUUCAAUAGAUACUCAAAUUCUCGAUAGAAUUUGUUCGAAAAUCUUACCUCGAAUUAACGAAAAAGUAAACAAAUUGACUGUUGAUCAAUAUUCUAUGGAAUGUAUUCCUAGUACUAUUGAUUAUCCUCAAUUACAUUCAUUAUCGUUGGUCAAUUAUCAAUCAAAUAUACUUUUACAACAUUUAAAAGGUAAUACCAUAUUUCGUCUUCGUAAUCAAAUUACAAAUCUCACUAUCAAGAUUGAUUCUGAGGAUACAGAAAUACCUAAUCAUAAUCAAGUAAAUAUAUUUAUAUUGGUACUAUUGUUGAGUAGAAAUUUAAAAAAUUUAACUUUUUUUCGACAAUGCUCAACACAAUAUCUAACAAUUUGGUAUUCAAACAUAUCAUAUAAAGGUUCUUUAUCUUCAACUCUUACUAAAUUAACAAUAAAUGUUAAUACUUUUAAUGAUUGUCUUUAUCUUCUUAAUGGAUCUCUCCAGUCUUUAUCAACAUUGAUUAUUCGUAUUAAGAAAAUUAAUCGUUCAUCAUCAAUAAUAGAUAAUACAAAAAAACUUGUCAAUUUGAAAUGUUUCUCAUUAGUAACGGAUCUGUAUACAUGGUUUUAUGAUGAAGAAGUUGUUCCAUUACUUUCUCGAAUGUUAAAUCUUGAAGAAUUAACGCUAUUUAUAUUAGUUAUAAGAACUAACACAAUUUAUAUCGACGGAAAUCAAUUAUAUGAUAAAGUUCUUAAUUAUAUGCCACGACUAAACAAAUUUAUAUUCAGCAUACAUACUCGUAUAAUGAAUGAUUAUUAUAAAACAAUAACUUCACUUCCAUCAAAAUCAGAUAUUCGGAAUAGUUUCAUUAAAAGAGGAAUUCAAUCAAUUGGUAUUUGUGCUGAUGACAAACUCAUUAAUGAUAGAGCCAAUUGUUAUGUUUAUUCACUUCCAUAUCAAUUUCAAGAAUUCUUAUUUAUGAGUAACUGUUUUCAAGGUGGAAAUUUCGAUAACGUUCGAUUAUUAUCAAUGUACGAUGUACGUCCAUUUGAACAUGAGUUAUUUAAAAUAAUUGCUCAAGAUUUUCCUUUUCUUCAACAAUUAUCCAUAUAUAAUGAUAAUUCACAAAAAAAUAAGCAACAUCAUUUAUCUACAUUGAUUACAUUUAGUUAUUUGUAUAAACUAAAUCUUUUUUGUGCACACCAUAACUAUGCCAUACAAUUUCUUUCAGAGAAUAACACUCGUUUACCAUGUUUGACAAAUCUUAUCAUUAUGUACGAAACAUUAAGAACUAUAACACAUGAUUUUACAAAUGAUGUGACACGUAGAAAUUGUACUAAAAUAAUAUCUCUAAUUACACAUGAACCGCUUGUUGGUUCACAAAACUUUUAUUCAUAUUUUCCUUCCCUGUAA